AUGCUGUUCUCCCCGGCCAAGGGGCUGCUCAGCGCCCAUGUGCUCUUCGGCAUAGCCUCACUGAGCAACGCUCAGCAAUAUGUCGGAGAAAACAUCACUACCUCGCUGCCUAUCGUUCCCGGCGCUGAGAUCACUUACUUCAACAUCAAAGAUACCAAUAACAAAAACACCACUCUCAUCAACUACAUGUCUCUGAAUAGCACGGCCAAGAGACUGGAUCCCGCCGCACUCAAGAGAGCAGUCAUCGUCGUCCAUGGCCUCAAUCGUGACCCAAACACGUAUAUGAGCAACAUGCUCUCGGCUCUGGCUCAGGUGUCUGGCCAUCCUGAAGUGAGCACCGACAGCGUCGCUAUACUUGCCCCGUACUUCACCAACGGAGACGACAAAGGCUCAGGCUAUCCUUGGCUGGACGGCGGCAAAGGUUCUUAUACCUCUGCACUUGUCUGGAAGGGAUCUCAGUGGGCUUCUGGGGCGAACAACCAAUAUCCGAAGACGCAGACUACCGUUUCCUCUUUCGCUGUCCUGGACCAGCUGACCACCUACUUCGACAACAAGACACUUUUCCCUAACAUCAACCAGAUCGUCGUCGCGGGUCAUUCGCUGGGCGCCCAGACGGUGCAGAGGUACUGCGAAGUGGGUGACAACCUCAGUACCAAAACGCCCGUGGUGUACUGGGUCGGCAAUCCAAACAGCUACGGAUGGAUGAGUUUGGACCGGCCGAUUGACUACUCCUCGUGUUCCACCUACGAUGACUGGCGUGAUGGCUUGUCGUCCUACACAAACACAUACGGUGCUGCUGUAGUCGCUGCCGGACGCGAUGCUGUCUUGAGAAAUUACAACACCAAGAACAUCGCUUACACUCGAGGUACUCUGGACCUGGGAGACGACUCCUCCGGAUGUGGUCCCACCACUACCGGUGCUAACCGACACGAACGCUUCUUCAACUUCAUCCGAGCCUUUCCGCCCACUUCCUCAUGUACCAUUGAUUACGCUGCCAUAGGACACGAUGCUGGUAGUAUGUUUGCUUCACCUGGGGGACAAGCACGCCUUUUCUUGGACAACUUCGACGGCUCGGGAUCCAAAGCCUAUGACUUUGGGUACCCUCGCCUCCAGGCCGGAGAUGACCCCUACCCUGACCCCUCUCAGAGCUCCGCCAUAGCUCCUGUGUCUCCCGGAUCUUUCUCCGGCAUGACAUACCAAGGGUGCUACUCCGAUCCAGGCUCUGUGUUGCCUUUGAAGGCUUACUCUAAUAAUGACAACACCAUUGAUACAUGCACAGCCACAUGUGCCGGUCAGGGCUACAAGAUUGCUGGGCUUGAAUUCGGAGUCGAGUGUUGGUGUGGGAAUUCUUUGGGCUACAAGGCUCAAUCAACCACCGACCAGGCCUGCACAAUGGCCUGCGCUGGCAACUCCUCUCAAAUAUGCGGAAAUAGCUACCGGCUUUCGGUCUUUUCCACGAGCAACAUUACCACCGAUGUCAAGCCGUCUUCUCCUCAGCAAGUCGGGUCUUACUCGCUCCUCGGAUGUUACAGCGAGGCCACGUCCGGGAGAGCACUCUCAUCAAAGAGCACUUCGCAGUCUAACAUGACUGUCGAAUCCUGCGCUACAUACUGCUCUGGCUACUCCUACUUUGGUGUAGAGUAUGGUGCUGAGUGCUACUGCGGAAACACUGUUGCAUGCUCAAGUGUCUCAUCGCUUGCCACGAACUGCACAAUGACCUGCGGCGGCAACACUACCGAAUACUGCGGUAAUGCUGGCUACCUCAACAUGUAUGCUUUGCCAUCAAACACCGGGCCUUCUGCCGACCUCGGGAUCAACGACUUCCGGAUCAACGACUUCCGGAUCAACGAGUUUGGUGUCAACAACGACUUCAGGAUCCAUGACCUCAGCUUCCACAACGACCUCAGCUUCCACAACGCCUACAGCUUCUACGACGACUUCAGGAUCGACGAGCUCAGGAUCCACAACGACCUCAGGCUCUACAAGCUCCACGACUUCAACCUCCGUGACAACUUCAAGCCUCGCGACCUCUUCGGGAUCCACGGCGACUUCGGCUUCCACAACAACCUCAGGAUCCUCAGCGACCACCUCGGGCCCCGCAACGACGUCAGGUUCCACAACCACUACCGUUACUACCUCCUCAGCCACUUCUUCCACUACUCCUCUCGCAUGCCCGGCUUCCAAUGGUACGACGUACACUUCGAAGAAUAA